AUGGGGCUUUUGUUUCUUGGUUUUGGGUUCUGGACCUUCUGGUCAGAGAAGCACAUGCAAAAGAAGCGAGCAUCGUUCUCAUUCAGGAACUUUUUGACGGGAUAUUACUUCUGUCAAGUUCCAAGAGAGGACUACUUUCAGCGAGCCAAGCCUCACAGAGAUUAUUCUACCAUUGUAAGUUGUGCUUUAAUGGUUGGAUAUGGAUUACUACUAACACCGGAUGCAGAAGCUGGCAAAGGAUCUGAGUGUAGUGAUACAGGUUACUAUGGUGGGGUGACACUGGUUGGGAUCAAUGGUUUCCCGAGGCAGCUAGCUCGAGCUAUAGUUGUACAGGGUGCCCAACCACUGUUUUAUCCCACUGCCAUUGGCUCUGAACCUCAAGACCAGGGAUUGGAUGCGG